UUGAUCAACCAAAUACUUGAACCAGAGCCUUUAUCACUCUGUUGUCCCUCUAGUCUCUCUUUCGGCUUUCGCUCAUCUUACAGAUCUUGAAGAUGUAUACAUCGAGGAAGAAGAUACACAAAGAUAGGGAUGCUGAACCGACGGAAUUCGAGGAGUCGGUUGCCCAGGCCUUCUUUGAUUUGGAGAAUACCAAUCAAGAUCUGAAAAGUGACCUUAAAGAUCUCUACAUUAAUUCGGCUGUCCAAAUUGAUGUUUCCGGGGCCCGGAAAGCUGUUGUUAUCCAUGUCCCGUAUAGAUUGAGGAAAUCUUUCCGCAAGCUUCAUGUUAAGCUUGUGAGGGAACUCGAAAAGAAGUUCAGCGGCAAGGAUGUGAUUCUAAUGGCCACCCGGAGGAUAUUGAGGCCUCCAAAGAAAGGUUCUGCAGUCCAGAGGCCACGCAGCCGCACGUUGACUGCUGUACAUGAGGCAAUGCUAGAGGAUGUUGUUUUACCUGCCGAGAUUGUUGGGAAGCGCACCAGAUAUGGAAUUGAUGGAUCGAAGACAAUGAAGGUCUUUUUGGAUCCAAAGGAACGGAACAACACCGAGUAUAAGCUCAAGACGUUUUCUGCUGUUUACAGGAAGCUUGCUGGGAAGGAUGUUGUGUUUGAAUUCCCAGCAACGGAGUCAUAGAGGAAUCCUUUUGGAAGUGUUGUGACACAUUAUGACUUUGGUAUCCCCCCUUUUUAGGAUAUUUAAAAUUUUGACAUUUAGUUAAGCAAAGUUGUAUGGAUUUAUUUUCUCUAUGAUUUAGUUUGUGGUAUGUGGAAUGCAUUUG